AAUAUCUUCAUCAAUUUCCAAGCUGCGUACAUGUUCAUUACAGAUGAAGCUGACAUCACCCGAAGAGAAAGCGAUGUGCUAUAUAGGAUGGCUCAAGGUUAAUGUAUAUUCAUGAUUGCCAGCAUUCAGCGCCACCGGCUCUUCAAUCGAAGUUCUAUUUCUUUUCCCCUUUUGUGAACGAUUUCCAUACGCUUGGGUAACCAUAGAGCCGGGGAAUGAUCACAAUCAUCCAUCUACCCCCGACCGCUGGUUGUCUUGUGUGCAUGGGAGGCAGUGCUUUCUUGGAGUUAGGAGAUUUAAACCUUUGUAAUACCUCCAAACGUCGUAACGGAGAGUGCAUAAGAUGUGAUGAUGAGAUGCAUCAAGAAGUCAUGCACAGCCAUCUGACUUUCCAGUGGCCUACGGAGUUGUUCAUCUGAUCAUCAUCGCCCUCGCCGUCGUCCUCCCAUCGCCUUCACAUCCUCUACGAUAAGCUACACCACCGUGAUCACCAUCAUGGCCGUCAUCUUGACCAGUCAAAACCACUGUAUCGUCGCCAUUGUCAACACCGUCAAUAACAAUCCCAUCUGAGAACAUUCUGCUCGAUCAAACUAGACAGAGCGAGGGAUAGACAAUGACUAUCACCCAGACCAUUGGAUAUUAUCAUCAUCUGAGUGACAAGUCAACAAAUCUCUUUUUGAGAAUAUAUUACUAGACUUGGCGGAAAAUGGAGUAUCAAUAAAAGCAUUCAGGUAUCACCUCCAUGGACAACAAAUUAGCAACGUCGUUUGCAUGUCAUCAUUAGAAUAUCUGUAGAAACGAGUGUUAAUUGAAACAUUAGGAAGUCAUCGCCAUCUGAUAACAAAUCAAAAACAUUCUUUAGAUGGUCAUUUGACGUUUUACAGCGUUAUUAAUGAAAAAGCCUUCAGGUGUCAUCAUUAUCAUCUUUCUGACUAAAAUCGAAGACAUGCAUAACCAUAGAUUGCCAACGUAUUAUCACCUCAAACCAACAUCAUCAAAGAUGAUCUUUUAAUGAUCAAACAAGAUUGAGGAACCAUGCUCUCCUCAUAGUUUAUGAAACAUAUUAUAAAAGGAUAUCGUUUCCUUAAUCCCCGACAAUGGAACAUCAACCUGAUCAAAAAAUGGUCAAUGCAACUGAGUCUGAGGAUACCAACAUCCCGGAUGUUGACCAUAUCGCAGCAGGCCUUUCGCUCGCUGUUCUCGUUGUCAUGGGAAUCGUUGGAAAUCUCGUUUUACUCCUGUCGGUGGGCUCAGCCAUGCGGACGGUACGACAUCGGUGGAAUAGACUCGUCCAUGAUCUUAUUUUCAUGUACGGAUGUCUGGAGAUGCUCUUUUUCUUCAUCCCUUGUCUCUUGUCAACCAUCGCCUACAUCUCCUCCUGGAAUGUUGACACGCACCAGUCAGUCUGCGAUUUCUUCGGGUGGAUUGUAUUGUCAUUGAAGUUUGGAUCCUUAUGGAUGCUAACGACUCUCGCUGUAGAGAGAUAUCUCGUUAUAUGCAAACAGGGGGGAACGUCCAAUCGGUUCGCAUGGACGGUGAGAUACGUCACUUUUGGCGGGAUUUUAAUAGUAACUGUUUAUGCAGCUGUUCCUCUUAUAGUGAAAAUUGGUAUGGUGGCUUCUGAAGCCGUUCCGGACGCGGUUUGUCAUUUUGAUUUCACGCCAGUGACUCGAGGCUCCCAAGCGUUUGUGAUCUCAACUAUCGUGCUUACCUAUGUCAUGUUCCAAAUGACGCUUUUCUGUCACGUGUCCAUUCUAUGCUUCCCGUCACGCGAUGUGCGGGAGAAGAAGGCACCAAUUCAAGAAGGCGCCACCUUGCACCGUGUGGAGCACUCACUGGUCUAUGGAUUUACCCCCCUUUCGAUAUGGGUGUGGCUCUGUACCACUCCAUUAUGGAUAACUCUGAUAUUGACCCAGACUGGAUCUGACAUUAGCCCCGGAUGGGAGUUUGGUGUCCUACGUACGCUGACUGUUUGUUCAGCAUUAAGCCCUUAUAUUUUGCUUUUAUCUAGUGCAUAUUAUCGCUCUUCAUUCUGUCAUUUUAUAUGCUGUCGAGAUGCACAAAGGAAACAAGCGACUCAAGAAGAGCACUACAAUGACGUGCCCAAUGACGUCAGAUGUGAGGAUUGCCAAGCUCGUAUCAAAAGAUCAGAAAACGGACAAAGAGUCAACAACAUGACGCCUUUUGUAGACUUGGGAGUUCCUAGAACGAGAGAUCGAAGUGAACAAUACAUUAUCAGCGCAUCUCAACCACGCCCAACUGAUGAAGCAGCCAUACCCAACGGGCGCUUGAAUGUGAUUAAAGCCGAAGUUGAAAACCACACCCAACUUACGUUGGAUGACGCACACCCGUCAACCUCGUCUCCGGGAAUCCUACCCACUGAUUCUAAGAUUUAUUUGCUAUCUGCAGGAGCAAAUGGCGAAUUGGUAUGUAGGAGGUCGUUUGAUGGCGGGUCGCUGAGGGAUGAUAACGAGUGCACUUCGCCGAGGGGUGACCGUGGGAGUAGCUCAAGUCAAGGUUCAUCCCCAAGAGAUGGUUAUCCAGAUGAUGAUGAUGAUGAUCCUUCAGAUGAUGACCAAGCUGGAGGGUACCUCAUCACACUUCCGGUCAAUAUGCCAGGUCAAGGGUCAAAUGAAACUGUUGAAAGGAUCUUCUACAUCCAGGAACCACCUCAAAAGUUCGUGGAAUCCUCUGUGGUAGGCGAAGAUGGUGCAGCUGUCAAAAUUUAUGGCACCGAAAACGCCAUUGCUAGAGAUGGUGACGCGGUAUCUGACAUUCAUGGCAAAGGACCCCUGAGGCCAAAUGUGGCGCAUGUAACAAGACCCAACUUGGCUGGGUUGGUUAUGGACAGCAUGGGAAGUGGAAGUGACGGAGACAUGGAGGACGAGGAACUCAGCAGAUUUGAAGCUGAAAUUAGAGGAAGGAUAAUGGGGCGUUCAAAUCGACGAAAGUUACGACGAAGUAGUGAACCACAAUCUCUGGGUACGAGAACAGACUCGCGGAGAGAAGGGCUAAUUGGCAAGGAGUCUCAUGGCGAUUCGUCGAUAGGAGUCAACCAUGUGGGGAGCGACAAUAAAAGUAAAUCUCUAUCAAGAGAUGGGAUAAGAGAGCAAGAUAUCCGGAUCCACGGCCCAUCAGCAUCCGAUCCGCAUCUUUUGACGUUAGCUUUCCAACAGGCAAUGCUAUCACAUUCGCAGCGGCAUGACAAUGAAAGGCAGAACGUACAAUCUGAUGAAAUGGUCGACACAAAAUCUCCUAGUCGCCUGAUACCGGUUAUUAAUAUCACGCCAGCUGAGGGUAUGGAUGACAUGGAUGAUGUCCAACCAAUAUUUGCCCAAAGAAGUAACCGAAUUGAUCAUCGAUUUCUAGCUCCAAUAGCAGAGGAAGCUGGUUUUGACUGCAGUAGGAGCUCGCACAAUCUGCCUUUGAUGCUUAACGCAAAGCAUGAGAAGGUGCAUCGAAUGCCAAAGACAAAUGCCCAGAUAAUGUCAAACUGGAAACUACAGGAGGAUGUCCGAAGAUCGACGUCUUCGACUCAUUCGGCGAUACAAAGGCAAAAUGCAGAGGAAAUGUUUCACGAAGACGAUACGGAAUCCUUGGGGGAAAGAGAUUCUAAAGAAAAGCAAGAUUUUAUUGCUUCAGGGGUCAAUUCAUUUGAAAAUAGCUCGAAUCCUGCGAUUAAAGUUAACGUUGUCGCAGAUGAAGAGGGCUCAAGUGAGAACAUUUCCCCUCGGACGUUAGAACAGGUCGGAGAUGUGGUCGAACGAUCGGCUGAUGGAAAGCAAAAGGCUGCAGAUCCUCUACUGGAGACUCCUGAAUGGCUCAACGUUGAGCAAGCCAUGCAGGGACAUAUUAACCAGGGAUUCAUAGAUACAGAAGAUAUAUUAGCUAGUAACAAUGGACGUGACAAUAACCAUUUACCUCUAACUUCAAAUGACAAUGCUUUCCAGAUAGGUGUCGAAGAAGAUGCAGGGAUGAAAUCUGAAGAAGAUUUGGAUUGCUCGGACACUCAAAGCGAAGAGGCUGGCAGCAAACCGGUCAAAGUAUCAAUAGAUACUUUGGGAAAUGGUGACAUUGAAGUCAGGACUUCUAAGAAAACACUUCCUCUUAAAAGACAAGAUAGGUUAACUGAAAGUGAAAACGAUGUAAACUUAUCCAGAGUUCUCAGAGCGUCCACAAAUAAUCUCCAAAUCCAGUCGAAAGAUAUUAUUUCCGAAGUAAACGACAACUUCACAAUGUCAAAACAUUAUUCGUUGGGCACAGCUAAUGGUGUCGAGGAAAGCGUAGAGUACAAUUCAAAUGAAGAACCAAAGCAGACGUAUUCGACAAGAAACGAAAUGGGUUUGCACAAAAUUGGGGAAUCUAAAGAGCUUUCGACAGCAGUUUCAAUGGAAAGGAGACUCUCGAAGUCUACACUGGUAGGGGUUAAUUCUUACCCGCUGACUGGCAUGCGCGGAUUUUCGAUUGACGGGAAUCUCUAUGUAAUAUACCCAAACAAGUGGACAAGAACGACGUCUAAACCAACCAGAGACGGUGACUGUUUAGAAAGCUCUGACGUUGGAUUGACUAGGUCAUCACCAAUGGAUGAGAAGAGCGAAUCCACCUUAGAUAGUGAAGUUUUCAACACGGGUACUUCAUUAUCGACUCAUAAGAAGGUUGACUUCAUGGACAUUGAGACUAAGAGAAACCAACCAAGUGUUCAAGUAGCCAUGGUGUGAAAAUUAGGCCACAUAUUUUUUUCAGAAAGCACACUGAUCCGACAAAUAGUGAAGAAAUGUAAAGAGAAGAGAGAAAUAAUGAACCAAAAAAAAGAAGAAGAUUGAGAACGAAGAGCAUGGGAAAUAGACGGUCGGGUCAUUUAACGCUAUUUAAUUCAGAGAAAAUCGUCACCUUUUGGUCGGCUUAGCCCCCCCCCCCUCCAAGAAAAAAAAUGGCGCUGCCUUUGGUUGUGGUUUACAGUCUCUCCCCUUCCGCUGAACCGUUUUUACGUAUUUUUCUCCUAGACGAACACCCGAACACCCCUCCCCCUAAAAAAAAAACCCCGCUGUUAAUGACCCCCUUUCUACAGAGCCGAGACGUACCCAUGAAAGACCGAAAAUUUGGGAGGUCUUUCAGCAGUGUCCAAGAUCGCUGAAAUAUGUGGUCUCUGGAAUAGUCCGAAAACCAGUGGAAAGACUCUGGCAGACUGAUUGAUAAUUCUUGUCUUGCUGGACUUAUGAGGUGUUGCAAUAAACUUGCGAUCAAUUGCAAGUCUAUUUUUGGUCCCUAAAUCAAUUAUAUGUCUUGCAAUUAAUCGCAAAUUCACGAUUGAUUGCUAUUCUGCUUUUUGAAACAAGGAGGGUAAUCUGAAUGCUAUACAGCUAAAAUUGAUCUAUCAAUUGUAAAAUUGCAACAGAAUAUUUGCAAUUGAUUGCAAAUAUUUUCCUGCAACACCCCGUUAGACUAAUCCAAUAUACAGUAAUAUGUCAAUAUGGUAGUUCAAAAGUCUUUCCGAGAUAUACAGCGCGUCCCCCAAAAUGUCCCUCUGACAUAAGGCUGAAUUAAUUCUAAAAUGUGGUAGUAUUUUUAAAUAAAUGUUCAUAAGUAGAAAGCUCAUUUCAUGAUCUAACUUCUAUGAAAAUUUCAUUGGUUGCGCUUCAGCGGUUUUUAAUACACUGUUACGUAACAGUGGUGCAUUUUAGCCCAUUCCAAGUUUGUAGCAUUGAUGCAUUUCUGCAUUGUCUAUGGCAUAUUAACCCCCAUUUUUACAUCCAGGAUCUGAGCAGGGACAUUUCCCUAAUCAUAUCCAUUCUCAUCAAAUCAUAAACUUGGGCAUGUUCAGAAGGACAAGAAACAUAAAAAAUUAAGUUUGUUUGAUUAUGAUGAUUGAUAAGGGGAAUCAGUGCAUCAAGUUGGAAAGAAAAUGUGAAUGAUGGAUGAGUAAAAUAAGCUGAAAAACUAAAGGGGAAUCCCUUUACCAGAGAAAAAAUUAUUUUUCUUUUAAAAGUUACAUUGAAUUAACGUGACCACAGUAUAGCUUAUCAACUAAAAAAAAGUCAUGAAAAAAAAACUGCAGUAUUAGGCAUGAAUUAGGCAUGAAACAGACACGACCAGUUGUCUUAAUCAUUGUGCAUCUCCUGUUAUCAAAUAUGAACUGCCAAAUAUUGUUUUUCCCUUCUGAACAUGUUUAAGGUUGUCAUUUGAUGAGCCUGGUUAGAUCAUAGGUCCAUGGUUAGAUCAUGAAGAUUUUCCUGGUCAGAUCAGGGAAUUCCUUGAUCAGAAUGUUCAAAGGGGGUUGAUAUGCUAGAAAGUGCAAAACACACACCAGUGCUGCAUGCACGCAAACUUGGAAUGGGCUGAAAACAACCACUUUUACAUAAUAUACCGUUUAUUCAAAACCACUGAAGCGAGACCAAUGAAAUUUUUACAGAAGUUAGAACGUGAUAUGAGCUUCCUAAUUCUAUACAUGUCAUUGAGAAUAAUUUUCAUUUUUGAAGCAAUUUAGCCGCAUAUCCGAGGGACAUGUUUUGGGGGACGCGCUGUAUGCAACAAAUGACCUUGCGACACUCUUUCUUGGUCUUUCAGUGAUAUCUUCAAAAUAAAUUUGAGAUACUACCGAAAGAUCAUGGAAAGACUUAACAAGACCUUUGAAAGUUCAUUUAGAAGUCCACUGAAACACUUUGAACCCUUUCAAAAAGAUUUGGAGCCACGGAGACCUCGAAGACCAUUGAAAGGUCGGUUCGGAAUCCUGUAAGACCUCUGAGAUAAUUCAUUGAAUUUUCUUUGGGAGGCCACUGAAAGAUUUAGCAGGCUUCAUGAUAAUUCAGGGGUCCGAGAGCGGUCUUGCUCUCUGUGGAUGUGGGUUUUACUUUGGCCGAUAAGAGGAAUGAAAUGUAUCCUCAAUAAUACAACUGUAUGAAGGGAACAUAUUCUAAACUAUUUAUAUUUUCCCAAAAAGCAAAUUUCUCAGAAAAAAAAAAUGUUUUAGCAAUUUGAAUAAAUUCUAUCAGAUUUAAGAUGAAGAUUUGGGCAGUGUUUCAUUAUCCGAUAAAUUAAAAUUUAUUUAAAAAUUUUGAUUGUCUGAGAGGAACGGGAGUCCGAUUGUUACCAUGACAACUGUCGGAUAAAACAGACUUUGUCGGAUAAGAAUCGGACAGGUCAUUUCAUGCCCCCCCCCCCCCCCCCACAUAGCCCAUGAGGCCUUUGUAUAACCAACUUUGUAGGCCUAUAGGCGUGGGCCUACUCUACUGUUUUAAUAGAGACAAAGAAACUUUUGUAAGAAGUUUUAUUUUAUUGUAAAGAGAAAAUAUAUUGCAUAAAGGUCAGUGUGUACAAUUUCAAAAUAAUAUCUAUAUUAUUUGAUUUGUGUUUUAAGUUGAUAACGGUUUGUAAGGAUUUGUCUUGAGAGAAAUACAUCGUGUUACG